AUGCUUUUAACUACUUUAAUUGAUCCAGUUCCCAUUUUUCUUAUCCGCCUUAAAUACAUCACAGGCUCUGUCUAUAUAGCAAAUGUGACUAUACAUACGACUGGUGAAGUAUUGUUGAAGAACUUCAAAAGCUGUGUCGGGCCGCAUAAUUACUAUUCAACUUGUAAACUUUCGUACCAUGGAAAGGACAUACAGUUUACUGAUACGAUUGAAAAACUGGGAAUCAAGGAAGGUGAUUUAGUUGAGGCAGUAGAUAGUCAAUGUAAAAAUUCAACAAAAUAUUUUAACUUAGUGUAUCCAACUACACCAACUAAUGCAAGAAGUUCGAUGUUAAUCUACUUGAAAACAUCUACUGAAAAAAUAGAAUUGAAUGUGUAUUGGAGUGACACAAUCUUUCAAAUUAAAGAAAUGAUCCAGGAUUUAAAGGAGUCCACAUUACAUCUAGAAUCUAAAGAAAUAAUUAUCUACGUAAAAACAGAAACUGGUGAAAUAAUAAAACUUGAAUUAACGGCAAAUAACACUGUCAAUGAUGUUAAAUUAAUGAUCCAGGAUUUAAAGGGUAUCGCCGCUGAUAAACAUUCCAUUAUUCUUAAUGACGUUGAAUUACAUGACUCUUACCCUAAAAUAUUAUAA